AUGGCGUACAGUGUCCCCCUCAUUCUGUACGUGAUCAUCCAGUUGGCGGCGCUCCUCUUGCUGCUGGUGGGAACGCCGAUCGAGAUGUUUCGCGUGAUGGUUCCAAAUGGCGAUCCCAUUUGCAUCACCCUGUGGGGUAGUCCUUAUACGUGCAGGUCCAGUGACUACUUACUCUACAUCGAGAUGCUAUAUGGGACUUGCCCCUCCCGUGUCUCGCGUUUCCGCGUUGCACAGGCGUUCGUCAUCAUCUCCAUCGCCGUGUACUUGGCGGCGUUUACUGCAGGCCUUACUUUGCUGUUCUGCUGCUCUUUCCUCCGCGUGGUCUGCCUGGCGCUGAACGUGGUUGGCGCUGGCACCUUGUGCGUUGUGUGGGUGGCCAUGGUGGUGACGUACAACAAGGUCGAUGGCCCACAGUGCUCCAGGCUGAAGGAUCGCGGCACCCUUGGCGUCGGGCUCAUUCUCCUGGUGGUGGCCUGGAUACUGGAUAUCAUCAACAUCAUCUUCCUGCUGAUACCGUCACAGGUGAGGGAAUCAGUUGAGAGUGUGAACUCGAAGGAAUACACAGAGCAAGAAUAG